UUUUUAUUGGUCGCAAAAGAAUUAUUGAAAUGUCGCAAAUUAUUGAAAAGAAGUCUGCACUGCAUAAACCCUAAAAUCCAAAUUGGGAAGAUUGGGUAGGAUUUUGCCCUAGUGCUGCCGUCUUCGUCUAUUCACAGGAAUCUGGUGGACUUUGGUGAUAUAGUCUUUACAGUUUUCAACAACAGAAGUUGUUUAUAUCAUUUUAAUUUUAAUUUGGUGAGCUGGGAUACAUAUGGCUAGUUUUUCCCCUGCUGAAGCCACUCAUCUUAAAGACAUUCAGGACAGGAUAGAGGAAGGAUCCUGUUGGUACUUCUACAGAAAGGAAAUUGAAGAAAAUUCUCCAUCUAGACGAGACGGCAUUGACUUGAAGAAAGAGACAUAUUUACGCAAGUCAUACUGUUCUUUUCUACAAGAUUUGGGUAUUAGACUUAAAGUACCCCAGUUGACGAUUGCAACAUCCAUAAUUUUCUGUCAUCGAUUCUUUCUUCGUCAAUCACACGCAAAGAAUGAUAGAAGGACAAUCGCGACAGUGUGUAUGUUUCUUGCUGGGAAGGUUGAAGAAACUCCUCGGCCAUUAAAGGAUGUUAUCCUUGUGUCUUAUGAAAUUAUGCACAAGAAGGAUCCUAAAGCAGUACAGAGGAUCAAGCAAAAGGAGGUAUAUGAACAGCAGAAAGAAUUAAUUUUAAUUGGUGAGAGGGUUGUUCUUGGGACUCUUGGUUUUGAUCUUAAUGUACUCCAUCCAUAUAAACCCCUUGUUGAGGCGAUAAAGAGAUUCAAAGUAGCUCAAAAUGCCCUUGCUCAAGUUGCAUGGAAUUUUGUUAACGAUGGACUUCGGACAUCUCUAUGUUUGCAAUUUAAACCCCAGCACAUUGCAGCUGGUGCCAUUUUUCUUGCUGCCAAGUUCUUAAGAGUAAAGCUCCCGUCAGAUGGCGAGACAAUCUGGUGGCAAGAGUUUGACGUCACCCCACGCCAAUUGGAGGAAGUUAGCAAUCAAAUGUUGGAACUGUAUGAACAAAAUCGAGUUCCAGCUUCCAAUCAAGUGGCAGAUGGUGCAGGUAGUGGUGGCCCUCAUCGGACUCCAGCCAAAGGUACAGCUAGCAAUGAAGAACAUGCUACAAGCAACAGUCAUCUACACGCUGGAGCUACAAGGCCUGAAACCUUGAAGCCUGCAUCAUCUACGCCAGAACCUGAGCAGUCAGUUGUUGGAAAUGAUGACGGAUCUCCUAGAACUACAAAAUGUCGAAAUAAUGACUACAGAAGUACUGAAAUAAAAUAUGAUCUGGACCAGAAUGUUGAUGUAGAAUCCAAAGAUAAUCAACACGCUGCACCAUUGUCAUCCAACCAGGAGAAGAUUGGAGAUUCUCAAAACGUAUCAGAAUUUCAGUCAGAGGGACGUGAUGAAGAAGGUCAAGAAGAUAAUGGGAAACUUGAUACAAUAGAAACCCAGAAGUUGAAGGACAAACAAUUAGGUCAGAGCCUGGAAAAUGGGCAAGGUUCACUUGGCCAGUCACCUCAGAAUGUUAUAAAGAAGAUUGACAAAAACAAGGUGAAGGCAGCAUUGGAAAAACGACGGAAGAGCCAAGGGGAUAUGGGUCGAAAAAAGGACUUGAUGGAUGAGGAUGAUCUGAUUGAGAGGGAACUGGAAGAUGGUAUUGAACUGGGUUCUGGGAGUGAGAAAAUCAAGGGAGACGGGAGUCAAAGCUUACCUAAGUCCUCAACCACACCAGAAAAUGUGGACCUGCAUCCAGGAAAACAUCAAGAGGGUGUCUGGGAUGAUGGAACUGAUCUAAAUAGUGUAGAAGGUGAGGUAUCUGCACUCGCUGAUGGUGGCCAAGGAUCUUCCAUUUUAAGUGACCGCAAGAGAAAAGCAGUAACCGCUCCACUUGAUGAUGUAGAGAAGAAGCAGCGGCAUGAUUAUGAACCUGGAACCCCGAACCAUAAUCAGUUUGAUCAUAAAGAAGAUCACAGCAGGGCGGGCCUGGUCGGACACACUGAUAUGGAUCACAUAAGGCCAGUACAGGAAAAUCCUGUCUGAGGUGGUGUGUACCGCUUGCAGUAGCUGAAGAUGUCUUGAUAUAAUCACUUGCAAGCUCUCUUCUUGUCCAAGUGUAUAUUGUGAUUUGUUCAGAGACCGUCCUUGGUAUGCUCUAAUCCGUUGGCUUCGGUGCCUUUACUGACUUCCGUAUAUUUCUUCCCCACUGUCAUCAUUUGCGGAUAUAAACAUUGGGAUGAAUGCGAGGUCUACGAGACCAUUUCAUCUCAUCUUAUUCUAAGAAUGUUUUUGACACUUUGUUGAUGGAAAUGGUUAAGUAGGGAAGAAACUUUUGGCAUAUUGUUGAAUCCAUCAAUUAUAUAAUUCAAUGAUUAGCAAAUUGCGCAUCUUUUUCCCUCUG